AUGGGUCUUCUCUCUAUGCAGCAUCACUCACAGCACCAGCAACAGGGUCACCCGCCUUCCCAACACCUGCAACACUCGCGACCCCCGAGUGUAGUUCACCAGCAGCACCACGCGCAGGCUCACCAGCCGCCUCAACAGCAACACCAGAGCGCGUAUUCAUCGACGCAUUCGCUGCCUCAAGGAUACCAAACAAGUGCCCAAGCACCCAACAACCAGGAUAAUCUCAACUACUACAACCAUCCAAGUCCUUACAGCACACCAGGUGCCACAAGCGGAUACACAUCCGCAGAUACCUCCGACAUGAUGGCCGCAGCACAAAUGCCGAGACCUCCCUAUCCUCCUAUGUCCUACCAUACGCCUCAAUCCAACUCUCCAGCUUCUGUCGCAUCUCCUUCCCAACAUGACCAGCAUAGAAGCAUCUACGGACAACCGCCAUCGCAGCAUCUCCAGCAAUCUAUGUACUACCAGCCGCAGAACCAGUAUCAGACAAUGCCCCCCCAGCCCACAGCAUCGCCCUAUGCGCAACACGCGCCGCACCCUCAACAAUCAAUGACCUCCCAGCCGGCCAUGAUGAUGUCUCAAACUGCACCUCAGAACCAGAUGGCCCAGCAUGCUGCGCAGCACGCACAUGCCGGCAUGACUGGAAGCCCUAGGCCCAAGAUUGAGCCUCAAGUGCCUCUUCAACUCCAGAAGCCCCAAUCAUCCCCUAUGCAGCAGGCUCACCAUCCUCAAAAUGGCGGACAACUGCAGAGCCCUGGAAACACCACACCCGGUGUCAACCCUAGUGCGGCCCCUGGGCCUAUUCCUGCCACUACCCCUCUCGUGGUCCGACAAGAUGGCAACGGUGUGCAGUGGAUCGCCUUCGAGUAUUCUAGGGACAGGGUCAAGAUGGAGUACACCAUCCGCUGUGAUGUCGAGUCUGUCAACAUCGAUGAGUUGUCCCCCGAGUUCAAACAGGAGAACUGCGUCUAUCCCCGAGCAUGCUGCCCCAAGGAUCAAUAUCGCGGUAACCGUCUGAUGUAUGAGACGGACUGCAACCGUGUUGGGUGGGCUUUGGCCGAGCUCAACAUUCCCCUCCGAGGCAAGCGAGGUCUUAUCCAGCGAGCCGUUGACAGCUGGCGCAACAGUAACCAAGAUCCCCGUCUCCGAAGCCGACGUGUGCGACGCAUGGCAAAGAUGAACCAGCGAAAGCAGGUUCAAGCUUCUCCGCAUCCCGGUGCGGCUCACAUGCCAGGACCUAGCGGACCUUCAGGGAUGCCUGGCGGUCCAGGACCCAUGGGACCUAGUCCCGCAUCGAUGGGCAAGCCCAGCUUAGGUAGCAUGGGUCAACCGAUGCACCAUCAUCAACCAGGAGCUCACCCCGACGGAACAGGACAAGGUGGAGAUGAAGUUGGCGAUGGCCAUUCGUACGAACACCAUCACCACCAGGCUCCCACUGCUCAGAACCCUUCAAAUAACGACGACGUCAGACCUGCCCACGUCUUCACAGGAUACAACAACCAGCCUUAUCCCACUAGUGCGCCAAUGUCUCAUAUGGCUCCUCAUUCUGGAGGCGCUGUUCCCGCUAAACGCCACAGCAAGGCCAACGCUGAUGAGCCUGACGAUCUAUUUCCUGAUAUCCCUGAAGCCAAGAAACGAAAGUUUAUCCUUGUAGAGGACAACGUCCGCGGAUCUCGUCUCCGGGUCAGGGUAACCCUGGAGGGUGUUGAUACCAAUGAGAUCCCUGACAGCUUCCGCAAGGGUUCUAGUGUCUUCCCUCGUAGCUACUUUCCCCGGGAGAUGCAGAGCCCUCCCCCAAGCGCAACAGGCUCUCGUUUCUUCGGUGCUGACCAAGAUGAUGAUGGUAUCGAAGAAACUGAAGGCCGGGAGUCUAGCCGACGCGGAGUCAACAGAACUGGCAAGGAGAUGGUCAAGGUUCCCAUGGGCGAAUCCUCAGGCGAGAUUGCCAUCCCCCGAAUGAGGAAGUCCACCCGGGGUAAAGAGGUUCGCCUUAACGACCUUGGCUAUCGCAUGGCUUGGCUGCAGAGCCGAGUAUUUGCGGGCCGGACCGUCUUCCUGCAACGAGCUUUGGACUGCUACCGCAACAAGACGCGGGCGGCUAUCGAGAGCGCCAUGCAAGACGUCAAGACCGUUGCUCCUCACUUUGAAACUCGCGUUGGCAAGAGGCGCUGGAAUGAGCGCAUGCGACGUGGGGAGAAGAAGGACGAUGAGUAA